UCGUAGCAUCGUGUGCCGUUCGUCGCUGGGUCGCGAAGAAGAAGACACCUUCGCUCUUUUGGUUUGCCGUUUCGGUUUCACCGCGCUGCGCUGCGUUGAGAGGUCCUGAGUGUGUUCAAAGGUGUUCGCUAGCCCCGCGAAAAAAGCGAUUUUGGUUACCCGAAGAUCCAAGGGCCGCGAUAAUUUUAUGCAAACAGUACGCCCGAAGGUCCCGUGUUCCGGAAAGUGUAGAAAUCCAGCCCCGCAAGACUGUUUUGAAGCCAGAAAAGAGAUUAUCGGCGAAUUUGUUUGGAACCGAUAGAGGAGGAACAGUACCAGCUCAGUCACACAACCCAGAAUGUCCGGAAUUGCGAUCGCGCGUCUCGGCGAGGAACGAAAAGCAUGGCGUAAAGAUCAUCCCUUUGGAUUCGUAGCUCGUCCUGUUAAAAACGCCGAUGGCACACUCAAUCUCAUGACGUGGGAAUGCGCUAUUCCAGGAAAGAAGGGAACCCCAUGGGAGGGCGGUCUCUACAAGCUGCGAAUGAUCUUCAAGGACGACUACCCAACCAGCCCGCCAAAGUGCAAGUUCGAACCGCCGCUGUUCCACCCGAACGUGUACCCCUCGGGAACGGUCUGUUUGUCGCUGCUCGACGAAGAGAAGGACUGGCGUCCGGCGAUCACGAUCAAACAGAUUCUGCUCGGCAUCCAGGAUCUGCUGAACGAACCGAACAUCAAGGAUCCCGCCCAAGCGGAAGCGUACACUAUCUAUUGUCAAAAUCGUCUGGAGUACGAGAAACGUGUCCGGGCACAGGCCAGGGCCAUGGCUGCCACCGAGUAAAAGGUGUAUGUGCCGCGUUUUACCGUUUAAGCUAGUGUGUGACGAACUGAGACAGUAAGAAAAUCAACUAAAAUUAAACUUCGAACCGUGCGUGCACUGCUUAGUGGGAGAGGUAGUUCUGCUCAGGGACCGUUGCGGUCCCCGUGGGAAAGCCAGAACUCACCCAAGAGUGUCGGGGAGUCCUUUUAAAUUAAGCAAACUGCUGCAGCAAACACAAAAUAACACAAGUGAAAAUAGAACAACCAUAUUAAUUAUUCUCCUGAAAAAAAAAACAUUUACAUAUAAUUGAUAAUAUUUCCACUUUUCGCAAAACGCAAACGCUAAAGAAGAGAAGAAUACCCAGAAAGGAAGGAACCUACCUGCAGAUAAAUUUAUUCAACUAAUUAUAGAUCUAAGCCACUUUUUUAAUUAUUUAGAUUUGAAAAGAAAACAACAGAUCAUGAAAGGUCAAAUAAAUACGCAAGCCGAAAGAUGGAAUCAUUCUCUCAAACCAACUCGCCUAGAGUAGAA